ACUAAUCAAACAACUUGUACUAACAAGCAGUGGGUUUUGACUAUUCUUGACUGGUGUACGUGAUUUGGUUUUCGGUUGGUUGUGUGCAUUGAGUCUAUUGGGUUUAAUCCACUUGUAGUACACCGAUUCGUUUUCUUGUACCCUUCAUGCACUUUGUUGUACUUUCACGACUCUUUUGAAAUCUAAAGUGCAAUAGAUAUUGAUGCAUCAAUAUUUAUUCUGUCUUUAUUUAAAGUGUAAUAUUUGUAACUUUAAUACUCCAUUUGAUAUAAAAUGGAAUAGGACUCUCAACUUUGGUUUUAGUAGCCUGCGGACAGUAUGGCUAUUUCAUGGUUAUGCUGACAUUACCAGAGUGGUAAAUAUUGAAGUAAAGUUAUAGACCAUGACAAACAGACCUAUCUAUUUUUGGACAUAAUUGAUCAGUUUUUGUAAUCUCAUUAAUCUUAACUAGUGAAUUUUGGAAAAAUUCAACGAAGAAACACUCAAAUUUACCUAUGCUUCGGGAUUCCCCCAAAAUCUUACCCAGGGCUAGGAUGCUUCUGAACAUUUAUAUGAAUACGAACACCUACUGUAGCAUCCCUUAGGGCGAUAUUUUUUCAUUUGCCUGGAAGCUGUCUCCAACUAUUCAAAAGCAACCUUUCGUUUUGCAGCCUGAUUUUCGGUUGUCAGGUAUAUAACUUCCCGACGUAUAUCGUGGCAUGGCUCCUUACAGAAUUGUGUUUAUUCGCCAUGGAGAGAGUGUUUACAAUGAAGAAAAUCGCUUUUGUGGUUGGCAUGAUGCAGAUCUUUCAGGACAAGGUAUCACUGAGGCUAAACAAGCUGGCCAACUUCUACGCCAAAAUCACUUCACCUUUGAUAUUGCCUAUACAAGCGUUCUAAAAAGAGCCAUCAAGACUUUAAACUUUGUCCUUGAUGAACUUGAUCUUAACUGGAUACCUGUGACGAAAACAUGGCGUCUAAAUGAAAGAAUGUACGGUGCUCUUCAAGGUCUGAAUAAGUCUGAAACUGCUGCCAAACAUGGAGAGGAACAAGUUAAAAUAUGGAGACGUGCUUAUGAUAUACCUCCCCCUCCUGUUGACAUUUCAGAUCCUCGCUUCCCCGGUAAUGAACCAAAGUAUGCCUUACUUGACUCUUCUUGCAUACCACAUACUGAGUGCUUAAAGGACACUGUUCAACGUGUACUGCCAUUUUGGUUUGAUACUAUUUCUGCAAGUAUAAAGAGACGCGAACAGGUUCUUAUUGUCGCUCAUGGAAACAGUUUAAGAGCGCUUAUCAAGUACUUGGAUAAUACAUCUGAUUCAGAUAUUGUGGAACUCAAUAUACCCACUGGUAUUCCACUAGUCUAUGAACUGGAUGCGAACUUGAAGCCAACCAAACACUAUUAUCUUGCCGAUGAAGCGACAGUAGCAGCCGCAAUAGCACGUGUGGCGAACCAGGGAAAAAAGAAAUGAAGCGAAUAAUUAUCAUUAUCGAUAAUUUCUUCAUUAUUCAUCCAUCCAUUAAUAUUUAACACAUGUUUUGAAUAAUUUUAGUUAUCUAUAGCUUUGAGUAAUGAACAGAUACUCUGAUCAUCCUUACUCAUAAUCGUAUUGUAUGAAGUAAAUAUUUUCCUUUAUAGCGUUUGUUUUUAUAGGUUAUAGUUAUGAUAAGAUCAAUAAAAAUUAUUGAAAAUGUACCAGGAUUGUUUGUAGUAGGAAUUAGGAGACUGCAGGAAAUGUUAUUUGAAUUCGAUGUAAAUCCACGUCAAUGAAUGUACAGUAUAUUCUAUUCAGAUGAUGGAAACGAUGUGUUCUUAAGGAGGAGUUUGGUAGUUAUUUUUCUGUUCGCACUAAUCACCUCCAAGAACAAAACAUUUCCAAUAAAAUAGCUCAAUCACCCAAAAAAUUUGUAUAACAAGCAAUGGUUGUUAUUCAUCCUUGUAUUCAAGUCUGAAACAGUUUGUUUCAUAGGUUGUACUUAUAUUUCACUGCGAAGUUUCAUGCACAAUCCCCACAAUUUUUACUCGAAUAAAUCGGGAAUGACACUUAAACAGGAUAAUGUACCUUAGUGGAUCCACUUCAACCGCAUAUCCUUUUAAAUAUUACUACUAACCAUUCAAAAAAUAAAUAGGUAAAGUGAUGAUUGAAGAAAUAAUACAAAUUAUAGAUUGAUCAUAAGUGAUAUAUCUGAAUGUGUCGGUAAUAUUCGUAUAUUGUUUAGUAAUUCUCACAAAAUUAUGACAAAUGAAGAAAAUUCCAAUACGUUUUCAUCACAAACGAAAUAACCGAGUUUAUAUCUAAAAUACAUUGUAUAGAUUUAGGAUUAUUUACCAGGUUUGUUAGCUUUCUUUGUGUUGAAAUGACUACUAGGUGAUGUAUACUGGACAUGGAUUUUCAGGCAAAUCAAAUCGUGAAGUUAAAAUUGUAUGUAAAAACCAGUCAACGUAGGUGGACAAUAAUAAUGUAUUUAUUGACCAGGUCAGUCAAGGGUGACGUAAUAUGCUAAUUAAAUGAGCAAUAAUAAAAUGAUGUGAAUGCUGUCUAAACACCACAAAAAUGUCAACAUGUUUGUAGAAGACGUCUAAGUUAUGCAAAUAUGAUGCUUAUUGAACCUUUCUAAGAUAAAUAUAUAUUCAUAACAAUCUACUCAAUUUAUUCCAAAUUAUCAAGUCAAACCUUGGUAAUGAUACCUACUUCCUAAGAUGAGGUUACAUCCUGUUAUGUAUCCCCAAAGUUUGGUCCAAUGCCAAUGUGUUAGUUCCCUGAGUCAUUUCUUAUUUGAGAAAUCUUCAUUUACCUACUUUAAACAAAACUUGAACGUUUCUCAUUUUAUAGUUAUAUCCUGCGUUCUAAAUUUCAUUUGAGGUCGAAUUUCAUAAUCCAUCUUUCUUAUUAUAAAGUGAACUCUAUAGUUAUGUACUCAUAAAGUUCUACUUAUUCAAAUACAAAUCUCGUUCGCUACAUUUAUUUCUUAGUUUCAUUACCGUUGUUUCUUAAAUGUUACUUGCGUUCUGUACCAAGACAGUGUAAAGAUGGUAUGACGUCUAUUUGUGACCUGUUAUGAGAUGAUGUUAAAUUGGAUGUAUCUUGUGCAGUAGUAUUGUUAGGGAUGUCAAAUUCCCGGAACUUACUUGAUAAGUGGCUCAA